GACGCUGAAGCUGUCGUCUCCGCACGCUCAGGCCAGGGCCUCCCUCUCGGGGCCGGGCCUGUGGCGGCGGCUCGGAUCGCGGAAAGGGGCGGCCAGCCGCCGCCGAGGCACAGCAGCGAUCCGGCGGGGGCGGAAAAUGGCGGCGGCGUCGGAGGAGCUAAAUGGCGCCGGGACCCCUGGGGGUGGGGUGGGCCGGGAGCUUCGGUAAAGAAUUGGGCUGCAGAAUGUGGAGAAGCAUUGCAGAGGUAGGGACAUGGAAGAAAAGCAAUCUGGAUAACAUGAAAGUGAUGCUGCUGACUAAGGGAAGACGACGUGAUUUUGUGGGAAGGGCUAUAUCUGAUCCAUCAGUUUUCUAGAUAAUAGAGCUCAAAUACUUGUGGAAAGUAUUUUAGAGAAAUAAUUCUUACACUAAGAUGAGUUGUGAGUCUUCUGCUGAGGAAUCAGAAAUUAAAUGCUUAUUUAAAUAUGUCAGAAAGUUGGUAAACACAAAAAGAGAUUUGAGUAUGAGCACAGUUGAAGAGGAUUCUGACACAGUAACAGUAGAAACUGUGAAUUCAGUGACAUUGACUCAAGACACAGACGGGAACCUCAUUCUUCAUUGUCCUCAGAAUGAAGCUGAUGAAAUAGACUCUUCAGAAGAUAGUACUGAACCUCCACAUAAAAGGCUUUGUUUGUCCUCUGAGGAUGAUCAGAGUAUUGAUGAUUCUACUCCUUGCAUAUCAGUUGUUGCACUUCCACUUUCAGAAAAUGAUCAGAGCUUUGAGGUGACCAUGACUGCAACCACAGAAGUGGCUGAUGAUGAGAUUACUGAGGGAACUGUGACACAGAUCCAGAUUUUACAGAAUGAGCAACUAGAUGAUAUCUCUCCCUUGGGUAAUGAAGAAGUUUCAGCAGUUAGCCAAGCAUGGUUUACCACUAAAGAAGAUAAGGAUUCUCUGACUAAUAAAGGACAUAAGUGGAAGCAGGGAAUGUGGUCCAAGGAAGAAAUAGAUAUUUUGAUGAACAAUAUUGAACGCUAUCUAAAGGCACGCGGAAUAAAAGAUGCUACAGAAAUCAUCUUUGAGAUGUCAAAAGACGAAAGAAAAGAUUUCUACAGGACAAUAGCAUGGGGUCUGAACCGGCCUUUGUUUGCAGUUUAUAGAAGAGUGCUUCGCAUGUAUGAUGACAGAAACCAUGUGGGAAAAUACACACCUGAAGAAAUUGAAAAGCUCAAGGAGCUCCGGAUAAAGCAUGGCAAUGACUGGGCAACAAUAGGGGCGGCGCUAGGAAGAAGUGCAUCUUCCGUCAAAGAUCGCUGCAGACUGAUGAAGGAUACUUGCAACACAGGAAAGUGGACAGAAGAAGAAGAAAAGAGACUUGCAGAGGUGGUUCAUGAAUUAACAAGCACUGAGCCAGGUGACAUUGUCACACAGGGCGUGUCUUGGGCUGCUGUCGCAGAGCGAGUGGGUACCCGCUCAGAAAAGCAGUGCCGUUCUAAGUGGCUCAACUACCUGAACUGGAAGCAAAGUGGAGGUACUGAGUGGACCAAGGAAGAUGAAAUCAAUCUCAUCCUCAGGAUAGCUGAGCUUGAUGUAGCUGAUGAAAAUGACAUAAACUGGGAUCUGUUAGCAGAAGGAUGGAGCAGUGUCCGUUCACCACAGUGGCUUCGAAGUAAAUGGUGGACCAUCAAAAGGCAAAUUGCAAACCAUAAGGAUGUCUCAUUCCCUGUCUUAAUAAAAGGUCUUAAACAAUUACAUGAGAAUCAAAAAAACAACCCAACGCUUUUGGAGAAUAAAUCAGGAUCUGGAGUUCCAAACAGUAAUUCCAAUUCCAGUGUACAGCAUGUUCAAAUCAGAGUUGCCCGCUUGGAAGACAAUACACCCAUCUCUCCAAACCCCAUGGCAGCCUUGCAGAUUCCAGUCCAGAUCACCCAUGUCUCUUCAACAGACUCCCCUGCUGCUACUGUUGACUCAGAAACAAUAACCCUAAACAGUGGAACACUACAAACAUUUGAGAUACUUCCAUCUUUCCACUUACAGCCCACUGGCACACCAGGCACCUACCUACUUCAAACAAGUUCAAGCCAAGGCCUUCCAUUAACUCUGACUACUAGUCCCACAGUGACCCUGGCAGCUGCUGCUCCUGCUUCUCCUGAACAGAUCAUUCUUCAUGCUUUAUCCCCAGAACAUUUGUUGAACACAAGUGACAAUGUCACUAUGCAGUGUCACACACCAAGAGUCAUCAUUCAGACUGUUGCCACAGAGGACAUCACUUCUUCCAUAUCCCAAGCAGAACUGACAGUAGAUAGUGAUAUUCAUUCAUCUGAUUUUCCUGAGCCUCCAGAUGCUCUAGAAGCAGAUACUUUUCCAGAUGAAAUUCAUCAGCCUAAGAUGACUGUAGAGCCAUCAUUUAAUGAUGCUCAUAUAUCCAAAUUCAGUGACCAAAAUAGCACAGAACUGAUGAAUAGUGUUAUGGUCAAAACAGAAGAAGAACUCUCUGGCAUCAACCUUAAACAAGAGGAAGAAUCACCCUCUCGCUUAGCCCAUGCUUAUGUUUCUGAGGAUUUAGAAUCUCCUAACAUAGAAGAAGUCGAUCAAGGAACAAUUGAUGAUGAGACGAUACUUAUUGUUCCUUCACCACAUGGUUUUAUCCAGGCCUCUGAUGUAAUAGAUACUGAAUCUGUCUUGUCUUUGACAACACUAACAGAUCCCAUACUCCAGCAUCAUCGAGAAGAAUCAACUAUCAUUGGAUCAUCCUUGGGCAGUCCUAUUUCAGAAGACUCAAAAGAUGUUGAGGAUUUGGUAAACUGUCAUUAGGUAGUUCUUAGAAACAGGUAGUUCAGGCAGAGAAGGCACACUGUUAAUUACAUCUCCAAAGAAAUAGGAGCCACUCCCAAGAGGGUUAAUUUAUCAUUCCUCUGGCUUUUAAAUAACUACAAUGCAUUAAGUCGCAUAUAUUGUUGCUGCUGUGACUUCAUGCCUCUUUUAGAUAUGUCUGAGGUCUAGUUUUAUGACAAUGUGUAGUGGAGUGAAGUGUGGGGAUCUUUAACUGCCUAGAUCUCUGUAACUAGUGUUAUUUGUCAGCAGGGAAUUUCAUCCACUUCAGCUACUGAGAAAAAUGAAAAUCACCAAAGCUUAACUACUCUAUUUAAAAAGCAGUAGUAUUCAUCUCUAAAGUUCAGACAUGGCUUUCUAUCUCAAAGUAGACUGGUUUUAUAUUUCAAAGAAGUUACAUCAACGUGGUUCAGGAUUUACCAAUGACCCUCUCCAAAAAGAUUAAGUGGCAUUAAUUUGAGACUUGACCAGCACACAGUAGAAGGCAAAAAAGGUAACUGUAGCAGUUAUUUGUGGUUAACCCAUUGCUGGCAGUGGGAGCAGACUUAGACUGGUAAAGAAGAAAGCAUUAAGAGUUAGUCACUACAAGUGUUUUAUUACUUUUAAAGGGAAUAUUUGAGUCAUAACAAAACUUAGCAGAAACUUAAGUUUUCAUCCUCUUAGAUCCCACUGUCGGUUUACAAAUUAAGCACUUUGAAGUAAGAUUAAAUGGAAAGGGAGAUAUCGAUGCCCAUUCUAUAGCAUGACUGUUUCUUAAAUGUUUUGCUAUAUAAAUUAUUCAAAAGAAAAUAGUCUUGAGAGGGUAUCAGAGUUGCUGUUCACUUAGUGCAUUAGCUGGUGGGGAGUUCAAUAUAACUUCUCCCUCUCAGGCAAUUUUUAAAAACAAAAUUUGCUUCUAUAAUGAAACAAAUCACGAGUCAUUCCAAUACUAGAAAAGGGUAAGCCAAAACUAGCCUCUAGGGCUUAAAUAAAUAUGACCCCUAUUAAAAGAAAGUCACAAAAAAAAACUUGUAUAAAUUAUUUUAUUUAUUAUUGUAAUUAGAUCUUCACAAUCAAAGUUGUCUUUUCACUGUCUGUGUUUUGUUAACGUGAAGUUGAAUUGUAGUUAUAAGCAAAAGUUGGUUGCCAUGGGAACAAUAAUUGUAUAUUCAGUUUAACAGAAAUAAAAGAUUAUUUGUCUUAAAAA